CACUGAGGAACGUAUGGAAUGGUUGAAUUAUUAUAUUGUACACCUGAAACUAAAAUAGCACUGUAUAUUAAUUAUACUUCAGUGAAAAAAGAGAGAAGAAGGGGGGAAAGGGAAUUGUAUUAUGUGGUUUUGCAGGUCAUUAUCAGGGUCAACAGUCUGUGAGUUCUGUUAGAUCACAAAUUGUCACACCAGCACACUGGCCUUUAAUCCCGAGAAAUCUCCAAUAAAUAAUAGGAUUUGUCAGUUUUACCAGCGUUGCUUCUUACCCAAGAUAAUAAAUGGAUCCUAAUGUUAUUGAUGGAAUGAAUAGAUAAAAUGAGAUGUGGUUUGACUGCGCAGACACCGGCCGCGCUGUCUUCCAGCCCCGGCGCCAGCCGAAUGAGGAGGCUCGGCGAUGAGCGGGGCGGGAGCCGGAGAGGGCUGUCGCCGCCGGGCGCGGGUGUCCCGCCUGGUCUCCUUCAGCGCCACCCACAGCCUCCACAGCAAAUCUCUGAGUAAUGAAGAAAACUUGAAACUGUUUGGGAAAUGCAACAAUCUAAAUGGCCAUGGGCACAAUUAUAAAGUUGUGAUGACAGUGCAUGGAGAGAUUGAUCCUGUUACAGGAAUGGUUAUGAAUUUGACUGACCUCAAAGAGUAUAUGGAGGAGGCAGUUAUGAAGCCCCUUGAUCAUAAGAAUUUGGAUCUGGAUGUGCCAUACUUUGCAGAUGUUGUAAGCACAACGGAAAAUGUAGCUGUAUAUAUCUGGGAAAACCUCCAGAAAUUUCUUCCUCUGGGAGUUCUUUAUAAAGUAAAAGUGUAUGAAACUGACAAUAGUUGUCUAUAAAGGAGAAUAGCUUUUAGGGGUUAAUACUGUAGAAAGACUAAUUUCUUUCCAUAUUUGAAAAAGGUCUUUAUCCCCUGGGACUAUUAAGAAGUCGUCACACGCUUGUUAUGCCUCUACACUGUGUUCCGGAGUGCCCAAUUGAUUGAAACCGUGUGUGUAAGACCUGUUGUGAAUUCAAAUCUAUCUUAAAACCAAACUUGUAAAACAUCCUGAGUAUCAUUUAGAGAGUCUUUUAUUUAUAGAUUAAAAAUCACUUCAUUUUCAGUAAAAUGUUGUGGUGUGGAAUUUAAAAGUAAAAUAAAUCAAUUUUUGUUUUUCCGUUAAAAAAUGAGAUGUGGUUUGUUUUUCUAAUUGAAGUUGUUUUAAUAACAAUUUGUUAUACAUUGGACUUGAAAGAAAUUCAAUAAGGUAUGAAAGACACUAUAUUGUGCAAAGUGUUAGCUUUAAUAAAAUUUGGGAGAGUAAACCAUUAUACUACCAAUUACUGGCCCUUGUUUACCCUGGUGUAUGUGCGAAAAGGCUGUAAAAAUAUUUUAGAACCCUGUAAGUUUCUAAAUUUUGG